ACGUGAGUCACUAAUGUUGGAUAAUGACUUACAUCUCUCUCUCUGUCUCUGGAGGUCACAGUGUUCACGCUGCUCUUAAUGAGCUGUAGGUCACAUGACUGUCUCUGCUGGCUCUACUGAGCAUGCUCAGUCCAGUGUGUUGUCAGGCAAAAAAAGGGCAGCAGCAGUGGCAGCAGAUCUGCAUCAGAUAAACACAGAGGAUUUCUGCUCGCUCACGGCCUCUCGCUGCGUGUGUGUGUUUGCAUGUAUAUGUACGUAAGUGUGCGUGUGUGUGUGUGCGUGUCUUCAGCGGCCACCGGUGUUCCUCCAUCCUCCUGAAGAAAGCGAUCGGCUCAUAUUCCUGUAGACGCGUCUGUUGUUUUGAGCUGAAAUGGAUGUAAAAAGCUUCAUCCUGUCAGAAAGUGGUCUGUGAAAACUGGAGCCAAUGGAUAUUAAAGGCCAGUGCUGGACGGAUGAAGAAUCAGAUGGAGAGAAUGAACCAGAACAGUUCCUGUACGGCAUCCAGGGGAGCUGUGCAGCGGAUCUGUACCGUCACCCACAGCUGGACGCCGACAUUGAGGCUGUAAAAGACAUUUACACAGACAGUGCCGUCUCCGUCAGAGAGUACGGUACAAUCGACGAUGUGGACAUCGACCUGCAAAUCAACAUCAGCUUCUUAGAUGAGGAGGUUGCGAAUGCGUGGAAGGUGAUCCGGACAGAGCCCAUCGUCUUACGCCUGCGCUUCUCUCUUUCACAGUAUCUGGAUGGACCAGAACCGUCUGUGGAAGUGUUCCAGCCGUCUAAUAAAGAAGGCUUCAGUUUGGGCCUUCAGCUGAAAAAGAUCCUCAGCACGUUCACGUCUCAGCAGUGGAAGCACCUCAGUAAUGAGUUCCUCAAGGCGCAGCAGGAGAAGCGGCACAGCUGGUUUAAAGCUGGAGGAACCAUCAAGAAGUUUCGUGCAGGACUGAGCAUCUUCUCUCCCAUUCCCAAGUCUCCCAGUUUCCCCCUCAUCCAGGACACAGUGCUGAAGGGCAAGCUGAGCGUGCCUGAGCUGCGGGUCACCCGUCUGAUGAACCGCUCCAUCUCCUGCACCAUGAAGAGCCCUAAAGGAGAGCUGUUCAGCUACCCUCCAAACAGCCAGACUGUGGCCGUCCCGGCGGGCAGGGCUCCUGCGCAGAUUACCACACGCCAGCUGAUUGAGUUGUUUUUCUCAUCCCAGGCGGGCGGACACUGCAAGAACAUCCCCACGCUGGAGUACGGCUUCCUGGUGCAGAUUAUGAAGUACUCAGAGCAGCGAAUUCCCACUCUGAAUGAAUACUGUGUGGUUUGUGAUGAGCAGCACGUCUUCCAGAAUGGCUCCAUGCUUAAGCCGGCUGUGUGCACCAGAGAGCUGUGUGUGUUCUCCUUCUACACUCUGGGUGUGAUGUCUGGAGCAGCUGAAGAGGUGGCCACCGGUGCAGAGGUUGUGGAUCUGCUGGUGGCCAUGUGUAGAGCCGCUCUCGAGUCGCCCCGCAAAAGCAUCAUCUUUGAGCCGUACCCAUCUGUGGUGGAUCCCAAUGACCCCAAAACACUCGCCUUCAACCCCAAGAAGAAGAAUUAUGAGCGUCUGCAGAAAGCGCUAGACAGUGUGAUGUCGAUUCGGGAAAUGACACAGGGCUCGUAUCUGGAGAUUAAGAAGCAGAUGGACAAACUGGAUCCUCUGGCUCAUCCGUUACUGCAGUGGAUUAUCUCCAGUAACAGGUCUCAUAUAGUGAAGCUGCCGCUCAGUAGGCAGCUGAAGUUCAUGCACACGUCUCAUCAGUUUCUGCUGUUGAGCAGCCCGCCGGCAAAAGAAGCUCGAUUUCGCACAGCUAAGAAACUCUACGGCAGCACUUUCGCCUUCCAUGGUUCUCAUAUCGAGAAUUGGCACUCGGUUCUGAGAAACGGAUUGGUCAACGCCUCAUAUACUAAACUGCAGCUGCAUGGAGCAGCGUAUGGAAAGGGCAUUUAUCUGAGCCCCAUUUCCAGCAUCUCCUUCGGAUACUCAGGAAUGGGGAAGGGUCAGCAUCGUAUGCCCACUAAAGAUGAACUGGUCCAGCGGUAUAACCGAAUGAACACCAUGCCACAGAGUCGGCCGAUUCAGUCACGUUUCCUCCAGAGCAGGAAUUUAAACUGCAUUGCUCUCUGUGAAGUAAUCACAUCCAAAGACCUGCAGAAACAUGGGAACAUCUGGGUGUGUCCGGUGUCUGACCACGUCUGCACGCGCUUCUUCUUCGUGUACGAGGACGGUCAGGUUGGAGAUGCUAAUAUUAACACACAGGAGCCCAAAAUCCAGAAGGAGAUCAUGCGUGUGAUCGGCACUCAGAUCUACUCCAGCUGAAGCUUUUCUGGACACUGAACUGACCAGUGGAGGAGUCUGAACACUUUCCUAUGGGAUGUGGUGUGCUAUUGGGAGCAAAACUACAAGAACUGUGCUUUUUAUAAGGAGUAAGCCCCGCCCAUAGCCCCUCCCACAAAUCAGAUGUCAGUCAAAAGCAGACCAGCGCCUGAUUGGAGGAGAUGGUCAGCCAAUGAACUCACUCAAAUGCGAAUUCUUCUUUCCUUUGAAGCUUAUUUUUCAGUUCAGCUCACUUGAGAUAUCUGUAAAGGUGAAAACAAGCAGUGUUUAUUAUGGGUUUUCUGUCUCCGGGUAGUAAAUGAUGUGCGUUCUUAUUGUGUUUGUACACCACCUUAUCUUUUCUCUCCUACACUGCUUCUUUUCUGACUGAUGACAUGUAUUAUUAAUAACCCAGAUGUGUUAAUCUCUAAGUUUCCUGCUGAAAUCAAUUUCCUGACUUUUGUUCUGUGUGUGAUUUAUGGCAGAGUUGAAGACGGAUGAGAGAAAUGUUUAUACUGUUGUCUGUCGAUGGUGCUCGUGUCGCCACUGAUGUCAGAUCAGCUGGAAGAAUUAAAUAAAGGGAUAAUUCAGUAAAAUGUUAACAUGUCAUCAUUUAAUCACCCUUUAAAUGUUCCAAACAGGUUUGAGGUUGAACACAAAAGAAGAUGUUUUGAGAAAUGUAGCUGUACACUCUCAGAAAUAAAGGUUCGCAAGCUGUCACUGGGGUGGUACCUUUUUAAAAGGCACACAUUUGUACUUGAGGGGUCCAUAUUG